AAGUGUAGCCUAGAUGAUUUUUGUUAGGCAAGAUGGGUUGUUUUGUAAGAGACCAUAGCAACAGCACAGUCUGUAUUUGAUGCAACACAUCAAAGCUCAGUUAAAAAAAUACCAUUUUAGACCACUUUACUCACCACACAAACUCUGCAGUUUCCAUCAGCUGUCUUAGAUAGCGAUUUGUUUUCCCUCCACAAAUGAGCCCACGUAGGCAGCUGGGUGUUUUUUUUCUGGGGAGUUUAAGGCAUUAGCAUUUAGACUUUGACACCUAAGCAAGACCCAGUGCCCAGAACAAAAGGAAGCAUACAGUACAGAGCAGGAGAGAAGAGUCUUUGAUUUUUAAGGAGAUGAUUGAACACCACCUAUUAUGUUCCAGUAUUCUUCAUUUGAAGCAGAAGAUGUACAAUUUCAGUCCCAGCAAUCCUGGAUAGAAAACACUUUCACCAAGCGGGAAUGUGUGUACAUACUGCCAGUUUCAAAAGAUCCUCACAGAUGCCUUCCAGGAUGUCAAAUUUGCCAACAGCUUGUCCGGUGCUGCUGUGGGCGGCUGGUCAGGCAGCAUGCUGGCUUCACCGCCAGCCUGGCCAUGAAGUACUCCGAAGUGAAGUUGGGUGAAAAUGACUUGCCGGAAUUGGAGGAGUGGUCAGUGGAAAAACAUACAGAGGCAAGCCCAACCGAUGCGUAUGGCAUCAUCAACUUUCAGGGAGGGUCCCAUUGUUACAGAGCCAAGUAUGUACGGCUGUCCUACGACUCUAAACCCGAGUCGGUCCUUCGCCUCAUGCUCAAAGAAUGGCAGAUGGAGCUCCCCAAGAUCGUCAUCUCUGUCCACGGUGGAAUGCAGAACUUCGAUCUUCAUCCGCGCAUCAAGCAGGUUGUUGGCAAAGGUCUCAUUAAAGCUGCAGUAACAACAGGAGCCUGGAUUUUAACUGGAGGAGUCAACACAGGUGUUGCAAAACAUGUAGGUGAUGCCCUCAAAGAGCAUUCGUCCAGAUCAUCUCGAAGAAUUUGCACAAUUGGGAUCGCUCAGUGGGGGGUGAUUGAAAACAGGAAUGACCUGAUUGGAAAAGAUGUGGUCGCCCCAUACCAAACCUUGUUAAACCCGCUAAGCAAGUUAAAUGUCUUGAACAACUUUCACUCGCAUUUCAUUCUGGUGGACGAUGGAACAGUUGGAAAAUAUGGGGCUGAAGUGAAGCUACGUCGAGAACUGGAAAAACAUAUCAACCUGCAGAGGAUUCAUGCAAGAAUCGGUCAAGGUGUGCCAGUGGUGGCGCUCAUAUUUGAGGGCGGCCCCAAUGUUAUCCUCACUGUGCUGGAGUACCUCCAGGAGAGCCCCCCAGUUCCGGUGGUGGUUUGUGAAGGGACAGGCCGAGCAGCUGACAUCCUCGCAUACAUUCACAAGCAGACCGAGCAAGGAGGAGGGCUACCGGAUGGUGUCGAAAGUGAGAUCAUUUCAACUAUUAAAAGAACCUUCAACUUCAGUCAAAGUGAGGCUAUCCGCCUUUUCCAAACUUUGAUGGAAUGCAUGAAGAACAAAGAAUUGAUAACCGUAUUUCAUAUUGGGUCAGAAGACCCUCAGGAUAUUGAUGUGGCAAUUCUAAGAGCGCUGUUAAAAGGCACCAAUGCUUCUGCAUUUGACCAGCUUGUCCUGACCCUGGCCUGGGACCGCGUAGACAUUGCCAAGAACCAUGUCUUUGUUUACGGACAGCAGUGGCUGGUUGGGUCUCUGGAACAAGCCAUGCUGGAUGCCCUUAUUAUGGAUCGAGUAGAAUUUGUGAAGCUCCUCAUUGAAAAUGGAGUUAGCAUGCACAAGUUUCUUACAAUCUCCCGGCUUGAAGAACUUUACAACACAAAACAAAUUCCAACCAACUCAACGCUUUUUCAUCUAGUACGGGACGUAAAAAAGGGCAACCUCCCCCCAGAUUACAAGAUCACGCUAAUCGAUGUGGGCCUGGUCAUCGAAUAUCUAAUGGGUGGCACUUACAGGUGCAACUACACCAGGAAGCGCUUCAGAAUUGUUUACAACAAUCUCCAUGGGAACAAUCGGCGGUCUGGACGACAAUCUUCAUCGGGUAGUGGAUCUCAACUACGUAAAAACCACGAGGCCUUCUCCAUCCGAGCAGACAAGAAGGAAAGGACAAGACACAAUCAUUUCAUUAAGACUGCGCAACCAUACAAACCCAAGCCUGAAUCCACAACUGAGCAGUCAAAGAAGAGAAAAAGCAAAGAGGAAAUAGUGGACAUUGAUGACCCGGAAACAAAGCGCUUCCCGUAUCCGUUCAAUGAGCUGCUGGUGUGGGCUGCACUCGUCAAGAGACAAAAAAUGGCCUUGUUCUUCUGGCAGCAUGGAGAAGAGUCCAUGGCUAAGGCUCUAGUAGCCUGCAAGCUGUGCCGCUCGAUGGCUUAUGAGGCAAAAAAUAGUGAUGUUGUAGAUGAUGCAUCUGAAGAACUCAAAGAAUACUCUAAUGAGUUUGGCAGACUGGCAGUAGACUUACUAGAACAGUCGUUCAGACAGGAUGAAACGAUGGCCAUGAAGCUCCUAACGUACGAACUGAAAAACUGGAGUAAUUCGACGUGCCUUAAACUGGCUGUGUCGUCAAGGCUACGUGCCUUUGUGGCUCACACCUGCACACAGAUGCUGCUGUCUGACAUGUGGAUGGGAAGGUUAAACAUGAGAAAGAGUUCCUGGUACAAGGUUAUUCUAAGUAUUUUAGUCCCGCCAGCUAUUCUGCUGCUGGAGUAUAAAACAAAGGCAGAAAUGUCCCACAUUCCACAGUCCCAGGAUGCCCAUCAGAUGACUAUGGAGGACAGUGAGCACAAUUUCCAGAGUCCUGCUGAGGAGAUUCCAAUGGAUGUGCUCAAGGAAGUGAGACCCUAUGACAAUACUGAAGUGAAAAAUGAAAUUGACAUCAGGUCAAGAAGGCUGCCAAUUACCAGAAAAUUCUACGCAUUCUACCAUGCUCCAAUUGUGAAGUUCUGGUUCAACACUCUGGCUUACUUGGGGUUUCUAAUGCUGUACACCUAUGUUGUUUUGGUGAAAAUGCCCAGAAUGCCAUCAAUUCAAGAAUGGAUUGUCAUUUCAUAUAUUUUUACAUCUGCCAUUGAGAAAAUCCGUGAGAUCUUUAUGUCUGAAGCUGGAAAAAUCAAUCAAAAAAUCAAAGUCUGGUUUGGUGACUAUUUUAAUAUUACAGACUGCCUUGCAAUCCUCACGUUCUUCAUUGGCUUUGGACUGAGAUUUGGAGACCAAGACGUUUUCCUUGCUGGAAGGUUAGGGUAUUGCCUGAAUAUCAUAUUUUGGUACGUGAGGCUUUUGGAUUUUCUGGCAGUAAAUCAACAAGCUGGACCUUACGUAAUGAUGAUUGGUAAAAUGGUGUCUAACAUGUUUUAUAUUGUGGUGAUCAUGGCGGUUGUGUUGCUCAGCUUUGGAGUUCCCAGGAAGGCUAUCCUCUAUCCCAACGAGGACCCCUCGUGGAAACUGGCCAAAGAUAUUGUCUUUCAGCCUUACUGGAUGAUCUUUGGUGAAGUGUAUGCUUAUGAAAUAGAUGCAUGUGCAAACGACAGUGUAGUCUCGAAACUUUGUGCCCCAGGAGUAUGGCUCACCCCUUUUUUACAAGCAGUCUACCUCUUUGUUCAGUACAUUCUUAUGGUCAAUCUUCUCAUUGCUUUCUUCAACAACGUGUAUUUGCAAGUGAAAGCCAUUUCCAACAUCGUGUGGAAGUACCAGCGUUACCAUUUCAUCAUGGCCUACCACGAGAAGCCUGUUCUUCCUCCUCCCUUGAUAAUUUUAAGUCACCUGGUGUCAAUGUUCUCAUGUUUCUGUAGAAAGAGGAAGAAGGACAGAACUUACGGACCAAAAUUGUUCUUGACGGAAGAUGACCAGAAGAAACUGCAUGACUUUGAAGAGCAGUGUGUGGAAAAAUACUUCCAUGAAAAGGAGGACAAGUUUCACACUGGAAGUGAAGAAAGAAUUCGGGUUACUUCUAACAAGGUUGAGAAGAUGUGUAUACAGUUAAAGGAAGUAGGUGACAGAGUGAACUAUAUAAAACGAUCGCUGCAUUCCCUGGACUCUCAAAUCGGCCACCUUCAAGAUCUGUCGGCUCUCACUGUGGACACCUUGAAAGCCCUGACUGCACAGAAAGCAUCCGAAGCCAGCAAGGUCCACAAAGAGAUCACCAUGGAGCUCAGCCUUUCAAAGCACCUGGGGCAGAACCUUGUCGAUGGCAGCUCGCAGAAAUCCUCUGCCCUCCUGAAACACAGCAUUGGGGCUUAUUUUGGGUCAUCUUUUCCUCGGUGCGCGGACUCCUUGCUGGGGGGUAGUGCUCAGGCUGACCAGCGAGAACGGGAUGCAGCUAACUGGAGGUAUGGCCAGGACCUUACCUCAAGCCCUGAGAGAAAGACUCUCAACAUUCCAGAGGCUGGUACCUCAGGCAGUGCCUUAAUCCAAAGUGCUGUAUCUCCCCCCGAGCUGCGACGCAGAGGCCACACUAUGAUGGAGAGGCAGCUAUCCCGUCCAGAAAACCUGAAACAUGCCGAUUCACCUAGCUUACCAAAUGUUUUGUCCCCGACUGCCAAGUUUUUUGUUAGCACCCCCUCACAGCCUAGUGACUUUAGUCGGCUGGAGUGUGCAGUCGCUGGGGACCAGGUUCCUCCUGAAAUGGCUGAAAGCCAUAGUGUUGAAUUUGGGGCCUUUGUUGGGGACACUUUCCAAAGAAACAACCCUUUGCCAGCUUGCGAACUGGCAGCCGCCAACAGAGCCGUGGCAAGUGGUGGUGCACCCAGCCACCCUCAACGAGAGAUGGAAAAGCAUAGACAACAGUUUGAUGUUAGCCCCAAGCGACUGCUGCAAAAGCUAUGGAGCAUAACCAAACCUCGAGGUCAUAAAGACACCCUUGAAGUCCAGAGAUCAACCACAAAAGAUGCAGCUAGAAAAUUCAAAGAUUUAUUUCCGCCUAAGGACAAAGAUAUGGGUGGGUAUCAUCCUGAUUGUCAAAUGAGGACGGUCAAUUCAUAUGCCGGGUUUACCGAACUUGACAGAAACCCUGUGUCGCUCAUUUCGCUCAGCAGGAGCAGCAGAGAUCGAAGCAGAGUCUCUGCUGAAGACGUACAUCAGGAGGGUCAGAAAGCGUCGCUGCUGCCGGCUUGGAUACUAGGAAAAUCUGCAGCAGCAAGCAGUCCUUUACCCCCUGGAGAAGAAACCUUAAAUGUUGCAGCAAGCCUUUACUCAUCUCGACAUGCACAUCUCGGGGGAAGAAAAGACUCUAUUGGUUCUCCUUUCAAGCCAACCUUGGACAUUGGUUAUCAAUUCUCAGCUGUUGAGAGGAAUAAUUUGAUGCGGUUAGCUCAGAGUAUUCCAUUUAUCCCAGUCCAACCAAGAGGUGAGCCUGUCACAGUGUACCGUCUGGAGGAGAGCUCUCCCAACACCAUAAACAACAGCAUGUCCUCUUGGUCCCAGCGAGGACUCUCUGCUAAGAUCGAGUUCCUGAGCAAGGAGGAGAUGGGAGGGGGUUUGAGGAGAGCUUUGAAAGUUACAUGCACCUGGUCAGAAUAUGACCUCCUGAAACCAGGGCAUCUCUAUAUCAUCAAGUCCUUCCUUCCUGAAGUUGUGAACACCUGGCAGAGCAUCUACAAAGACGAGACUGUGUUGCACCUUUGUCUCAGAGAAAUUCAGCAGCAAAGGGCUGCUCAAAAACUGACCUUUGCCUUCAAUCAGAUGAAACCAAAGACCAUUCCAUAUUCUCCAAGGUUCUUGGAGGUGUUCUUGUUAUAUUGCCACUCAGCUGGCCAGUGGUUUGCUAUCGAGGAGUGCAUCACUGGAGAAUUCAGGAAAUUCAACAACAACAAUGGAGAUGAGAUCGUUCCAACCAACAUGCUGGAAGAAACCAUGCUUGCCUUCAGCCACUGGUCAUACGAGUAUACAAGGGGGGAGCUUCUAGUGUUGGACCUGCAAGGUGUUGGUGAAAACUUGACUGAUCCAUCUGUGAUAAAAAGUGGUGAAAAGGGGUCAUAUGACAUGGUAUUUGGACCAGCAAACUUGGGAGAUGAUGCCAUUAAAAACUUUCGGGCAAAACACCACUGCAAUUCCUGCUGCAGGAAACUCAAACUUCCUGAUCUGAAGAGGAAUGACUAUACACCAGACAGUGUUCAAGUCACCUUGUCCCAAGACGACACACCAGAGGUGUCCAUUCAACCUGGAAGCGGUACCAAAGAGCCCAAGCAUUCUAUACGUCUCAUGUUGUAAAUGAAGCAGCCAGUGUUAUAAAGGGGAGUAGGUAACAAGCUCUGUCCUGGGAGUGCUUAUGAAAAGAAAGAGAGCAGGUGCUACAGGUGGAAAUGACCUGUUUUAGGCACUGCACGAUCUUGAUAUCAAAGAGCGGAAAGUUUAGGACUUAACAACAAACAAACAAAACAUGACAACAAGCGAAUAUGUAUACAUUGUAUUUCAGGACAACAGCUAGCAGCACAGAUUUAGAGAGCAGGUGCAAUUAUGAAGAACCACAAAGAUUUUAAGUUAUGUAAAUGGCAAAAAUGUACUUUUUAAAUAUCUUUAUAUAUAUAUAUAUAUAUAUAUAUAUAUAUAUAUAUAUAUAUAUAUAUUUAUAUAUAUAUAUAUAUAUAUAUAGUGUGUGUUUAUUGUUAAAUAAUAGCAUAUAAAGCGGCUAUCAAUUGGUACAAUCUUACUGUAUAGAUGGUGGUGUAUUUAUUGUUCUGAAUUAAAGAAGUUGCCUUGUAUAAAGUAAAAACAAUAAGUGCAUUGCCUUAGAGGUCUUUGUUCUGGCAGGUUUGAAAGGGGACAAUCCUGUCUUUUUUUUUAAUAAUGUAAAAUCAUGUAGAAAUAUCUGGAUUAUGGUAUUUGUGGUACAGUAUAAUAUGGAUUCAAAAUCUUGUAUGAUAUGGGCAGAUUGCAAUGUAACUUUUUUGUGUAAUUGAAUAGUUUAAAAAGAAAACUUUGUCCACCGGAAACUGUUUAAAGGCGAGGGUUUUUAAGUUGCAAAGGUACUAUUGUCUUUUUAAAAUGUAUUCUAAAACAUAUUUUAAUCUAGUGUAUCUUAUAGAUACAGUUAUCUGGCACGAACAAAAUAGGUUAUAAAAUGGGUUAUUUUAUGCAGAUGGGGGAAUGGGGAACCAUAGUACUGAAAGUAUAAAUAAAAACUGUAUACAAUUUUGUAUCUUUUAAUCUAAUAAAAUACACAUUUUGAAUUA